UGCAAGGUUCGAAAAUUUGAGUGAAUAUACCCGCCGUUUAUUUUCACAUUUUGGGAGUACAAUAUAACAUUUUUUUUCUCAGAUCUUCGACUGUCCGAUUAUGAGAGUAAGACGAUGAAGGCAAGUAAAUUACCGACAUUCAGGCGGUCUUUGCCGCGGUUACCGAUGAACGAUGCCAACAAGCCAAAUAAUGCAAAGGAAAACAAACUCCCUGACUCGCUGGCUGGAACAACUACUCCAAGCUUAUCGUUAACACCGGAACCGAACCGACUAGGUUUUCCCGUUGAAAAUGUCACACCGGUAACUGUUAGUGUUACAAACGGAACAAAACCUGGUUUGUCCACUCCUAAGGAUUACUUGAAAAUAAUAGGACUGAAACACAGCGAUAGUAAAUUAGGAACGCCACUAACGCCUGAAUGCUACAAUAAAGUGAUUCUCGACUCGCCGAAAAACACGCCGUUAAGACAUCGUAAUAGUGUUGGCACUUUAGAUACGUUUAAACCCGAGAAAAGUGCCAGUGUAACGGUUGCAGUGAGAGUCAGGCCAUUUAAUCAACGGGAGAUUGACAGAGGCCAUACCAAGCUGUCAGUGUCGAUGAAAGACAAUGAAACAAUUGUUACAUCUGAUACUGGUGCCAUCCACAACUUUUUCUACGACUACUGUUUCUGGUCUUUCAAACAGAGUGAUUCUCAUUUUGCCGGGCAGCAGUUUGUUUACGAGAAGUUAGCCAGGCCGCUACUCACCAGUGCCUUUGAAGGGUAUAACACCUGUCUGUUUGCAUAUGGGCAAACAGGAUCUGGCAAAUCAUACAGUAUUAUGGGAGAGCAAGAUAAUGCAGGUAUUGUGCCACGUUUCAGUGAAGAGUUGUUUUGUCGGAUAGAUAACCCAUUAGAAGAAGAUGUUAUUUUUAACACUGAAAUAAGCUACUUUGAAAUUUACAACGAAAAAAUACAUGACCUGUUGGCCUCAUCAAAAGACAAGGGAAAAAAGAAAGUUACUCUAAGAGUCCGAGAGCAUCCAGUCCUGGGACCAUAUGUGGAAGGACUAUCAACGUUUGUUGCUAAGUCCUAUGAUGACAUCACUGGUUGGUUAGCACUAGGUAACAAGCAACGAGCCACUGCAUCGACCGGUAUGAAUGAUAAGUCAAGCCGAUCACAUUCAGUAUUUACUAUUGUACUUACACAGAAAAAGACUGAGAUGAUAGAAGGUGAAGCUCAUGAACACUCACGGACAAGUCGAAUAAACUUGAUUGAUUUGGCUGGAAGUGAGAGGUGUACUUCUGCUGAGACCACGGGAACCAGACUCCGGGAGGGAGCCAGUAUCAACAAGUCUCUGCAUACCCUGGGUAAGGUGAUAUCAUCACUAUCUGAAAGAUCUAUGCAUAAAAAGAAGAAAGUAUUCAUACCAUACAGAGACUCUGUUUUGACUUGGUUGCUGAAAGAAAGUCUGGGUGGAAAUUCAAAGACUUCCAUGAUUGCUACCAUUGGACCAUCGAAUAGACAUUUUGAGGAAACAAUGAGCACACUCAGAUAUGCCAAACAAGCAAGAACUAUUGUGAAUAUCGCUAAGAUCAACGAGGACCCAAGUGCCAGGCUUAUUAGAGAACUGAGAGCCGAAAUUGAGAAGCUAAAAGGACAGACUAACGGGGGCACAGUGUCGGAGAAUGAUUACUUGGCUAGUCUUGGUGAGAUAGCAUCACUAAAAGAACGUUUACAGGACUCUGAGUUGGCCAUGGCUGAAGCCACCAAGACCUGGAAAGAUAAACUGGCUCAGUCUGAGAGGAGUAAGAUUGAAGAGUCUAGGGAGCUUGAGAGAGCUGGUGUGGCAUUCAAAAUAGACAACACUCUGCCUAAUUUGGUGAAUCUAAAUGAAGAUCCUCAACUCUCUGAAGUAUUGUUGUAUCUAUUGAAAGCUGGUGUUAAUAGAGUAGGACAUAUGGAAGGUGACAGUCAGCAUGAAAUCCAACUAUCUGGUGCUCUAGUUGGGAAGAACCAUUGUAACAUCAACAAUGUUGACAACAUUGUGACAAUAACACCCCUUGAUGAAGCGCAGACAUAUGUGAAUGGCUCUUUGAUUGAAGGGCCAACUGUCCUGCAUCACGGAGAUCGAUUGGUAAUUGGGGACCACUAUUUCAGAGUCAACCAUCCCCAUGAGGUGAAGUCGGGGCGAAGGAAAUCAACUGCCGGUAUGCCCAUAGAUUUUGAGUUCGCUAAGAAUGAAUUGAUAACUCAACAGAAUACAAAACUAGAGGUGGAGCUUGAAGAAGCAAGACUGAAAGCCCAGGAAGAAAUCAUGAUUGAAAUUCAGAAAGCCAAAGAAACAGCACAACGUGAAAUGGAUAAUCAGAAAAAUGACUACGAAAACCGAAUGACAAGGCUGGAACAGCAGCUGCAAAAAGAGAGCGAAGGAAGGGAAUUGGAAGAGAGAAUCAAGCAGGAAGCAGAGGAAAAGAUUUUUGCUUUGGAAGAACAGAAAAGGAUGCUGGAACAGGAAGUGAACGCAAACAGGAAACGUCUACAGAUGGAGGCCGUCGCUGCGAGGCAGGCUUUGGAUGACACAAAGUGUUACCAGGCCAGGAUUCUACAAGAGCUUGACAGUGAGAAAAAGAGAAUAGCCAGGGACGUGGAAAGACUGCAGAGAGUGAAAAAAGCACGGGAAGAAGAGAAAGCCAAGAGAGGAUCAGACUAUGCAAGGAGAAGCAGCAGACGUGAUCUUCUUAGGCUAUCCAUGUGGUUACAGGAAGCUAAUAAUAUCAGUAAAAGUCUCAAGAAACGCACGAUGUUCAGUCGUCAUGACGAGAUCGAUGGUGAUGAAGUCACAUUUAAGGUCAGACUGAAUAACACAAAACUAGGAAUCACUACCUUUUGGACUCUGGAUAAGUUUGAAGACAGACUAAUCCAAAUGAGAGAACUUUACCAGCAAGGUGGUGGUCCAGAUAGCAAUUCUGAUGAUUUGUUUUAUGAUGCCAGUGAUCAAUGGGAAAAAGAUUAUGAAAUGGAAAACUCUCCUGCCAUACCAUCAACAAGUUUUACUAGUCUAAGAACACCUGGAUCUGUCAGCAGAUUAUCUUCCUUUUCAAGUAGAGCAUCAUCUAUCGGCUCAACACCUGCCAGUUUGUCACAUUUCUCGCCACGAAGACGAGUUUUAUCAAGCGUUUCCAGCCGAGCCUCUGUUUACAGCAGCAGCAGUAGCAGCAGCCAGUCACCUAUACCCAUCCACCAUCUGUGCAGAAAACUCCUUACAACCUCACUGGAGAGGUUCCACAACACAGUCAGUAAGGAACAAAGUAUAGUGGAUUCAAUCCUCUCGGAUAUGCACAAACUCAAAUCUGCCAUUGAGCAGAUUAGAAUGAUGCGAAACAAGGCCAGUGGAGAUGAUUGCUGUACAGACUGUGGCAAUGCAGAAGAUCUCGCCAGCAGCGUGAUGGAAUCAAGUUCCGCAACUGACCUGCUGUUGUCGCAUGUUUCGAUAUGGAGCUCGUACCAUGUAGGUUUGGACAGUGGCUUGAUACAGGAUCUUACCGAGCAGAUGGUGGAGACCACUAAAAAGGUGGCAGGGAAUGUGGUGAAAAUGAUACAAGGUUGUGAGAAUGAUAUUGACAGUAUGGUAUCUGAGUCGUACAAACAGUUGGAACAAACCGUAGACUUUUUAGCUAAAAUUAUUGGUGAAUUAGCCAUUGCCACGGAAACAGAUAUGACUGUGUUGAAUACUGAUAGUAAUAGUAAUGAAGAGCAGAUAUCAGCAUCUAUUAAACAAGGAUUCCUAGAUGGUGUAGAUGUCUUUAUAGACAGGACAGUGCAGGGUACGAUCCGCACAGUCAGUCAACAAGAAGCAAAGGUCAAUGACUUCCAAGGAAUCCAUGCCACUGAGGUCAGAGAGCAGAUCCGAGGCAACUGAAACGGUAUAUUGCUACUGUUACACGGACGUCGUCGAAAUUGUGCCAGGCUAUGUCUGUAAACGAAAUUAUAAACAAUGUGCCAGAGGAUCAAUCAGAUUCCAGUGAUACGUCAUCCUCAUCGUCUACGACCGAGUUCUAUAUAACUGAACAGGUGGCAAUAGCAACGAGAGAAGUUGAUGCAGCAGCCAAUUCUCUGGUGGAUCUUAUUGACUCAGAACUUGGAAAAUUGUUUCCACCUGUGAAAGGAGCAAAGCGCUUGCUUCCCGCAUCGCCGGAGGUCUCGCAUCUGAAUCGGAUACGUAAACGGCUCAACAUUAUAGAUUACCUAGAACAUAACAAUAUU